AUGGAGCGGGCUGAGGGGAUCCCUCCCCGGACCCACCCGGGACCCCUCGUUACCCAGGGCUCCCUCGGCGGCGAGCUGCACCCCAACGGCACCUCGAGGGGAUUCGAUGACGCCGGAGCGAACGGCGAGGACUUCGUCAGCUUCGACGCGGACGCAGGCAGCUGGCUUGCCCGGCGGGGGGACAAGCUGGCGCUCUACGCCCGGGACCUUCUCAACCGGGAUAAGGGCCCAGCCAGCAAGAUUCAGUUUCUCCUGAGAACGUGGGUCAAGCGGCCGGUCGCCGUGGUGUUUGCCCGAGCGCCUCCCCCAGCCGGGACCCCUGCGCCGUUACUGCUGGUUUGCCGGGUCACCGGUUUCUACCCCCGGCCCGUCCGCGUGGCCUGGCUGCAGGACGGGGAGGAGGUGGCGCCAGGCGGGCGGCUGAGCUCCAGCGGGAUCCUGCCCAACGCGGACCUCACCUACCAGCUGCGCAGCUCCCUGGCCGUGGAGCCGGGCGACGGGCACAGCUACGCCUGCCGGGUGGAGCACAGCAGCCUGGGGGGCCAGAGCCUGCCGAUCCCCUGGGGGCACAGCAGGUGCUGGGGCCCCGGCCUGGCCGUGGGCAUCACCCUGGGGGUUCUGUCCGUAGCCGCCGUGGCCGUGGCGCUGUGGAGGAGCAGACGCAAGUGA